CGUGUUUUGCUGUGCGCAUGCGCAGAUCUUGUUCCUGUCGAAAUGACGUAAUACGCGCCGCUCGCCGAUGAGCGAAACAAACAUGGCGACAGAAUGGAGCGGCCAGGGCUGCUUGCUAACUUUAGUCGUAGUCCUUUGGAGCUCAGUGGGCGGUCGAACGGAGACGACGAGCGUUGGCUGGUUUCAUAUACUGGGCAUGAGACUGGAAAGGAGCAACAAACCGGCCACAAUCACCGAAGAUGGUGUCAUUCAGGUAACGGAAGAGAGCAGCGUCCAGCUCAGGUUUUACGGGCUGCAGCUCAGUUCGAACUCCGCGUCCCGGAUCCGGUUCAUUGAGCUCGGCGAAGACGAAGAUGACAGAGACUCGGUAAACAGGACUUGUGUCGAUUUUACCAAAGAUAUUAGCGUGGAAAGUUACAUGAACGUUAGCAGUCGAGGGACCUCUGGUGUGGUGACUGUAAACAUUAAGCCGCUCCGCAAAACUGAGCGCGAACGGGAUUACAUAGCGUGCAUCAGGAGUUCGGAAGACAAGUGGCACCUGCUGUCAGAGAACGACGGGAGGUUACGCGUCGUGGAGGAGAAAACUUCUCUUCUUCCUCUGUGGAUUCAAAUCAUCCUGGUUAUAUGUCUGCUUGCCCUUUCUGGCAUGUUCAGUGGACUAAAUCUGGGACUUAUGGCGUUAGAUCCGAUGGAGCUUCGUAUAGUGCAGAGUUGUGGUACUGAUAAGGAAAAGAGAGAUGCACGCAAAAUCGAGCCCAUUCGUAGGAAAGGGAAUUACUUGCUUUGCUCUUUGCUGCUUGGUAAUGUUCUUGUAAAUACCACUCUUACUAUCCUAAUGGAUGAUCUAAUCGGAUCUGGCUUUGGUGCAGUAGUGGCAUCCACUGUUGGCAUAGUGAUAUUUGGGGAAAUUGUGCCACAGGCGCUUUGUUCUCGCCACGGUUUGGCGGUCGGUGCCAACACCAUCGUGCUCACCAAGUUCUUCAUGCUCCUCACAUUUCCACUGUCGUUUCCUAUCAGCAAACUCCUGGACUGCGUUCUAGGCCAGGAAAUCGGCACAGUGUACAACCGGGAGAAGCUAUUGGAGAUGCUCAAGUUAACGGAACCAUACAACGACUUAGUCAAAGAAGAGCUAAACAUGAUUCAGGGUGCAUUAGAGCUGCGGAACAAAACAGUGGAGGACAUCAUGACGUCGCUGAACAACUGCUUCAUGAUCAAAUCCGAUGCCGUUCUGGACUUCAACACCAUGUCCGAGAUUAUGGAGAGCGGCUACACGCGCAUCCCGGUAUAUGAAGAUGAGCGCUCUAACAUCGUCGACAUCUUGUAUGUAAAGGACCUGGCUUUUGUUGAUCCGGAUGACUGCACAACUCUCAAAACCGUCACCAAGUUUUAUAACCAUCCGGUCCACUUUGUCUUUCACGACACCAAGCUGGAUGCCAUGUUAGAAGAGUUCAAAAAAGGCAAAUCUCACCUGGCCAUAGUUCAACGGGUGAAUAAUGAGGGAGAGGGGGACCCCUUCUACGAGGUGCUGGGUCUGGUGACACUGGAAGAUGUUAUUGAGGAGAUUAUCAAGUCCGAGAUCCUAGAUGAGUCAGAUCUCUACACUGACAACCGAAACAGAAAAAAGGUGGACCCAAAUAAAAAUAAGAGGGACUUUUCAGCCUUCAUGCAUGAAAGUGAAUCGAAGGUGAAGAUCUCCCCACAACUUCUCUUAGCUGCUCACCGCUUCCUGGCUACUGAGGUGACCCUCUUCAAUCCACUCCAGAUCUCAGACAAGAUUUUGUUGCGAAUCCUUAAGCAUCCCGACGUCAUCCAGGAGCUACGGUUCAAUGAAAGCGAUAAGCGCUCACAGCAACACUACUUGUAUCAGCGUGGCAAGCCUGUUGACUAUUUUAUUCUAAUUUUGCAGGGUCGAGUGGAAGUGGAGGCUGGCAAUGAGAACAUGAAGUUUGAGACUGGUCCCUUUUCUUAUUAUGGAGUCAUGGCACUGACAACAUCAUCUUUGGCUGUCACCCCCCCUCUGUCCCCCUCCGUGGGGCUGCCUCGGCCACGGCGCCUUUCUCUUAAGAGGUUUUCUCUGUUCUCUCGCUUCCCAGAGUUUCGUUCUCCUUCGCACAUUAGCGGGCUGAAUCGCUCGGUUUCCCUUAGCUGCACGGAGAGAGUGGAUGCACUGUCCACCAGUGGCAGCAACUCGCAGCUCAACAGUGCCUCCACACCCCAGUACGUCCCCGAUUUCAAUGUGCGCGCCCUCUCCAACCUGCAGUUUUUUAAGGUCAAUCGUGCUCAGUACCAAAACGGCCUAUUGGCCUCCAAACUGGACAGCACGCCACAGUCCCCACAGAGCAAUCAUAUUCGAAUGGACAGCAUGCUUGCACCACCCCUGACUACAACCACUUCUUCUAUGACCUGCAACACAGCACCGUUAGCACUCAGAGAGGAAACAAACGAGACCACAGCGCUGCUAAAUGACAAGAACAGCCUAAAUAGUCAACGGGCUGCCCAAACACAGUCGUACUCUAACUCCAACUCGAACCUCAAUACCAGUACUAACACAAACUCCAGCCCUCACCCUCUGUCCAACAGCCAGCCUCAGUCACAGAGUUACCCCAGCAACCCAAACACUCACACGCCUCUUCUUCAUAUCCACACAAUUUCCCACAGCCAUGCACACACCGAAAGUACAAUCUAACAAAGCAGAGGAGCAGCCAUGGUUGGUACGAGGCUCCAGAGAGGACCACACUGAUCCACAAAGAUAAACAUGCAUGGAUACAAAUAUAUACAUGUAACAUGACCAGUUGCAUACUAUAUGCAAUCUAACAAAAACACUUCUACAGAUGAACUUUGGUAUCUUCCCCCUAACCAUCACUGCAUGCCACCUUUUAUUUUCCUUUGCCCAGUUUAAUGGCAUUUCAGUUGUGAAAGAAAUCCUACAGGUCUAGUUUGAAAUUAGGAAACUCCUUCAUAAAGGUCAUAAGGACCAUUGAUAGAACUUUAUCGUAUGCUAUGAGUCCAAGACAUUGCAUAGUGAUGAACACUUUUGAGCACCUCCAGCUUUGAUGUUUUGACGAAAUGUUUCUGUAGCAUGCAAUGGCCAAACAUGUCAUUGACAUACUCUGCAUUUUUGAAUGACAUAACAGUAUAUAAGAGAUAAUUGCAAGAUGUGCACUUUUUAUAUCCUUUAAUAAUCCAUACCAAAUAUUUUAUAAUUUAGGUUUUUUGUUUUGUUUUGUUUUUUUGGAUAAUGUCAGAACCCCGUUUGGCAUAAGCCCAAAUUCUGCACUGCUUUCUCUGGUUUAUCAUCUGUUUAUCUUCUAGUUUAUCAGGCCUAUAUACACCCAGUAUUUUCUCAAGGUUGAUAUUUCCCCACUUACACUGCCCCACCCAAAAAAAAAAAGUCAACACCUGGAUUUAACUAAGCAAACAGGUAAGAGCCUCCCAUUGGAUAAUUACUGCAUGGAUGAUUGUUUCAGCUGGCAACAAGUUAUUUAACCCUAACAGAUAUAGUGAAUAGCUUCUCGUUUCUUGAACAACCAUGUCAGAAGACACAUCCUUCAGAAGGGUCAACUUAUUGGCAUGCAUCAAGCAUGCCAUACUAAAAUUGGGGGUAAUAACUGUCCAAUGCUUUAAUAAAAACUAGAAGGAUAGUGGGGAACCAUCAUCUUCAAGGAAAAAAUGUGGUCUGAACAUUUUUUUUUUUUUGAAUGAUCAUGAUCGGUGCUCACUUGAACGUUUGGCGAAAUGAAAUCAUAAAAAGACAACAGUAGAACUCACAUGUUUAAUAGUGAAAGUAAGAGCAUUUCCACACACAAUGCGAAGUGAACUCAAGGGAUUGGGACUAAACAGCUGUGUAGCCUUAAGAAAACCACUUAUCGAAUUUAUAAUAAAAAAAAAAUGUAAAAGCUUCAAUAUGCUAGCGAGCCUAAAGAUUGGACUCUGGAGCAAUGGAAGAAGGUCAUGUGUUCUGAUGAGUCCAGAUUUACCCUGUUCCAGAGUAAUGGGCGCAUCAGGGUAAGAAGAGAGGCGGAUGAACUGAUGCACUCUUCAUGCCUAGUGCCUACCGUACAAGCCGGUGGGGGCAGUGCUGUGAUCUGGGGUUGCUGUAGUUGGUCAGGUCAAGGUUCAGCAAGGUGAUGUGCCCAAAGAAUAAGGUCAGCUGACUACCUGAAUAUACUGAAUGACAAGGUUAUUCCAUUAAUGGAUUUUUUCUUCCCUAAUGGCACAGCAUAUUCCAAGAUGACAAUGCCAGGAUUCAUUGGGCUCAAAUUGUGAAAAAGUGGUUCGGGAACCAUGAGACAAUUUUUACACAUGGAUUGGCCACUACAGAGUCCAGACCUUGACCCUAUUGAGAAUAUUUUGGAGUGGUCCGACUCUCCCAUCAUCAUUACAAGAUCUUGGUGAAAAAUUACUGCAAAUCUGGAUGGGAAUAAAUGCUGUGACAUUGCAGAAGCUCAUCGAACGUGCCACGGCGAAUGCGUGCUGAAAUUAAAGCUAAAGUUGGUCAAACGGGCAGUGUAUUACGCUACAGUUUGGACUGUAUAUGUCCAACCAUAGUUUAUGCAAAUCAUCUGAAAUAUUAGAAAUAUUUGAUGCUAUAUUUGAUAUUUAUUUAACGCGUUCCACUCUGAAGUAGUGAAACGACCCAACCACAGGUACUGUAAGAGUAGAAUAUAUAUAAACUGUAAAUUAUAAAAUAUAUGACCAGUAAAUUUAUCAAAUAAAUGUAAAAUUUAGAAAUUUACCAAAACAUAUAUUUGUGCCUCAAUGACUGUGCAUAUAGUAUUUCCAUUUUUAAAUGAAGUUAAUGUUUUAUGUUUAGAUGUUAUUGGUUUGUAAAGACACAUUCUGUAUUUAUUUAUGCAUGUAUGUAUGUGUGUGUGUUUUUAUAUAUAUAUAUAUAUAUAUAUAUAUAUAUAUAUAUAUAUAUAUAUAUAUAUAUAUAUACACACACGCACGCACACACACACGCACAUUAUUCCCCAUUUAAGAAGCUACAACUGGCCAGAAAUGUCCAGUACCACACCAAAGCACAGAUCUUACUAAGUAAAUAUUAGAUUUUUUUUUUUCUUUCUGUGGAAAGCAUCGUUAAUUAGAAACAUUAAAGUUGUGUGUUCAAAUUAGGAAUGCAUUCCAAAUUAUGAAAACAACUGUAGCUUUACUGCUGCUUAGACAGAAUCCAAUGUGAUUCAGAUAACACUGAACUAAAUUUAGUGCUCUCCUCUCCUCAUAUACUAGUGUAAACACUAGCUUUAAAUACUGGAAAUAGUUAGUCAGAAAAUCAGAUUCUAUUCAUGUAGCACAUUUAUUAUGAUUGGUGAGACAUUUGAUUGUGCAGAUUGCAAACUAUAGUUCAGUAUUGCUUCUUAAUGCUACAGAAAAAAACUGCACUGGUGUUCCACAGCAUUACGGUGCAUUCAAAUGAUAUGAUGAAGGAAGAAUAUUUAAUUUUUCAUGUGGCUUAUUUAUUCCUUUAAGAAACAUAAUAAUAGUUUUCUUGUACAUGUUCCAGUCCCUCUCUACAUUGUUGUUAUUCAGUUGAAUCAAAAGGAAGCAAAUUGAUUAGUCAAAUCAAUAGUGCUUUCUUUUCUGUUAAGUAUGUUGUUCUGUUAAAGGUUGUUGGGGUUUUUUUAUUUAUUUUUUUUAUUUUUUAUUUUUUUAAUAUAUAUGGCUCCUGAGUUAAUAUAAGUGGCUCCUGGGUUAUUAUAAGUGUCUCAAUGCCUUAUCCAAAAAACAAUAGAUAGAUUAAUGCAAUGGUUUAUUAUCAUUAAAUUGCACAAACAGAAUGUGGUUUAUACUUUACCUCAGUUGAAUUUGCUUGUCUAGAAAACUUGCUACUUUUUAUUGUUUUAUUUAUUUAUUUAUUUUUUAAGUGUAGUUAAAGGUUAACGUGGCAAAAUGGGUUUUCGUGAGUAUGUUAGUUAUGACCACAUGUUAUUGUUUAACAUGACCAAAGGUACAAGGACAUAUUUAAAUUCAUAGGGAAUGAUAUUGGCCAAAGAUACUUGCACUUUGAUUUGCCUGCAUCUCCUUUGUUAGAGUAGCAUGUUGCCCUUUUUGGGGCCCUGAGUUGUGGAAUGAGACACUCCUGCAGCUCAGAAGUAAUGAAAUUCCUUCAGGCUAGAGGUCCAGCAGGUAAUCUGCUUUUAAUGUUCAGUGAAACAUUUUGUCAGUGACCCUGGUGGGUUGGGGGGAUUUUCAUUCUCAAGUGUGUUAUAGCUGCCUUUUUCAUUUAAGCGUCUUCAGUUUCACCAUUCGUCAGCAGUGAAGGUUAAAGAUUAUGAUUUGUGUAUGCGAGCGGGCUGCGGGUUAAUUUUCCAUUGUGCAUGGUUUACUCAUCAUUGUUUAUGCCCAUGCAUCUUGUGUGUUGAUGCAUGAAACAGUAAAGAAUCCUGCAAACCCACAAAGCUCCUCUGACUGCUUUAGGUAUCACACCAUUAUGUUUUGACGAACACUAGUCUUCCAUUUUCAUGCUAUGUAUUUCACAUAGCAAUUUUUUUUUUUUUAUUUAACAACAUAUAGUAUUGUAACCACUCCUGAUGGGUUUUUUUUUCCUUCACAAAGCGAUGCAUUUUAAAUGACUACACAAAACAUUCAGUUUGAACAUUUAAUGUCUGUCUGUAUUUGUUUUAAGAGAAGUGUAAUGAAGAAAUGUACUGUACUUCUGCUAAUGUUUGUUGGUUUUAUUUAAAACAAUGUGUACAUAGCAUUUCAUAAGGACUGCUGGAGGAGUUCUGAUUAACAUGAAAAUAAAUCUGAGAUAUCUAUUUCUCUAUAAA